AUGUUGUCCAUCCUUAUGCGGCCGCUGAAGAGCCAGCUAGCUGUGCCUCAUUCUGCGCAUAUCGAUUUGUGUCAUUUUCCAAUCAUUCGAAUGGUGCAGCUGGAAGGCGUCGAUAACUGGCUCGAUAUCAUGACGCCGAUUACACAGCAUUUCAACUGGUCACAGGGUGUUCGCCACGCCGUGCAAGAAGUGGCAUACGUUGGCCGCUCGACGCCCAUGACGCAACUGACCAGCCAAUUCACCAGCUUUUGCGACAACUUGCAGAACUGGACACUGCACGAAUCAGUAGUGCGAGACUAUAUAGGUGUUCAAGGAGGGACACAUCAAAGCACGGAUGACCCUUCUUCGAAGAUUCUGUCUGAUGUGGGGG